AUGGAGUGCAGCUCAAGAACCAGCAGCAGGCUCUCGUGGUGCCUCGUCCUGGUCGGCGUCGUCCUGCUGGCCUCCUCCCCGGGCUCGGCGGCGGCGCCUCGCCGGCUGCUCCAGACCUGCGUCGGGCAGGACUUCGACGUGCCCCACGCGCACCUCCGCGCCAAGAACAACGUGCGGCCGCUCAAGUACACGCAGGAGCUCUCGGACCGGGCGGCGGCGUGGGUGGCCCAGUUCAAGGACAACUGCGCGGCGGCGGCGCCGGCGGCCGGCAUCAACGUGUUCCUGGGCCCCGCGGGUGCCACCUGGCUGCCGAGCGACGCGGUGGCGGCGUGGGCGGAGGAGGAGCAGCACUUCGACUACGGCUCCAACACCUGCGCCGACGGCAAGGGAUGCGGCCGCUACACGCAGAUGGUGUGGCGGAACAGCAAGGAAUUCGGCUGCGCCACCGUCGACUGCGCCUCCGGGGAGACGCUCAUGGCAUGCCACUACGAGCCGCAGGGCAACGUCAUGGGGCAGAAGCCCUUCUGA